GCUGCCAUGGACUUAAGCCUCAACUGUAUCCAAAUGUGACUGAGUUAGAAAUAAAUGAAGGAGAACCCCUAAACAUUACGUGUACAAGCAAUAGCUAUGUUAAUUUUUAUUUCCCUACAAGUGAUGAAAGGGGUAGGACCACCUCUCAGCCUCUUAUAACACCAGAAGUCAGGAGUACCCACAAGACAUUCAUAAGAUUAUCCACCGUUUUUGGAGAUACUGGCUGGUAUGGUUGUGCUGAUGAAAGCAAACAAAUAACAAGUUUGACGUACAAAAACUACAGCGAUUUAAGUAUCAGUUGGGUGUACGUUUAUGUCUACGGACUGAGCGAAAAGAUCACUUUCGACUCCAAAACUGGUUUUGUCAUUAAAAAAGCAAAUUGGGGUAUGGACAUUGUAUAUACUUGCACUGUUGAAAAUAAAAACUUUUCACAUGCAAUAAAAAUAAAAGCUGAGACUACUACCUUCUAUCCAUGUAUGAAUAUCUUAAGAAUAGACGAUGCACAAUCCGUCUCCGUAGAUUCUAGACUAAGUAUCAAAUGUUCAGCUGAAGUAAGAAAAGAAGCCGUUUACACUAUUUCGUGGAAGAUUCCACACAACGUGACUUCUAGAAAAGUUUCAAAUACCGUUCGAGUAGAAGAAAAAGGAAUUCAUAAUUUAGUCAAUCUCGUAACGUCUGAGCUUAUUAUUGACAAUGUUACUUACGAUGAUAGAGGUAACUACUCUUGUAAAAUAAGAUCUUCGUUUGAUGAAGAAAAGAGUCGCGAUACUUACGUUUGCGUGUUUGAUACUAACAAACCAUACAUCAAUCUUACUUCCGACAAUCUAUAUGUAGUUUCAGAGGAUGGUAAAUCAGUGACUUUUUUGGCUUUUGUUGAUGCAUGUCCAAUACCAACUUUGGAGUGGACUCACCCUCAAGGUUAUAUAAUUCGUCCCCACUCGUGGAAAGUAAUAAUGUCCUAUUACGGAACGAUGAGCCGAUUGACUCUAUCAAACAUCGAUAAAUAUGCCACGGGAACUUUUACGCUUAGAGCUAAACAUGAUAAAAUAGUAAAGGAGUUGAAAUUUUAUCUUGAAGUUUAUGGUAAGCCAGCGGUCGAGUUUGACAAAACUUACCUUCAAUCUUACUACAGUUUUAAUAAAACUGCCAAGUUUGUUUGCCUUGCCAAUCGUUAUCCUGAGUCGAAUAUAUCGUGGAUCGUAACGGAAACGUUAAUUUACAAUAAACUACAUAACUUACAGAGAAUAAAAACAGAUGUGCAAAAUAGCAAUUUUAAACAAAAGUCAACAGUAGAACUGAAACAGUUAGUAACAUCUGGUACAAUAAAAUGCAAGGCUUGCAAUAUCUAUGGGUGUGCCUCUGCGUCAAAGGAAAUUCAAUUAACAGGAAAUCCAAAUACUAAUUUUUAUACUGGAUUAGUAGUAUGGUUCAUCGCUAUCCUUACUUUUUUAUCAAUUUACUUUUACUUACAAGUACAGCAUGGAAAGUUUAGAGAAAAACUCUUAUUAGAAUCUAGUCUUACCCAGUUUACGGAAGGGGAACUUGAUUUAAUGAAUCCAGAACUUACAGUAGAUGAGCAGGCAGACCUCCUUCCGUACGAUAUAAGGUGGGAGUUUCCCAGAGAAAAAAUAAAAUUAGAUAAAAGAUUAGGAAGUGGAGCUUUCGGAGUCGUGCAUAAGGCCGUAGCUUAUGGAAUAUUUGCUAAAGAAUCAAAGACAACAGUAGCUGUAAAAACAAUUCGCAAAAAUGCAGAUCCAAUGUAUAUUACUGCAUUGGCGAAGGAGCUUAAAAUAAUGAUUUAUUUAGGACAACAUUUGAAUAUAACAAGUCUUUUGGGAGCUUGUACAAAAAAUAUAGCCAAACGUGAACUUUUAGUGAUUGUUGAGCUUUGCAAAUUUGGAAAUCUGAUGAGGUCAUGCUUUGUUCUAUAA